UUCAGACCCUGAAUUACAGUACAUAAAUGGAGAUAUUGAGACAAUUUAUGAUUUUGAUUGUGAUUACCUCAGAUAUGAUGACAUUGUGUUUAGGUAUGAGGAGAGACUAGGGUUUAAAAAUGUGAAACAUAUAUUUGUGCUUAAGCCUGGUAGAAGUUUGAAUGAUGGGUUGUUUUUACUACAUAAUGAUGAAGGAGUUCAGAAAUUGCUUAAGUAUGUUAGCAAGUAUUCUUGGUUGUCAGAGAUAGAUUUAUAUGCUGAUCAUGCAGUAGAUGAACCCAUAUUUCCUACUGUCCUACUGAGUUUAGAAGGUGCUGAGUCUGCUAGCAUAGACCCCAAUGGUUUAGGUGCUGAAAAUGAGUUAGGUGCUGAGGUUGAGGAGGUUGUGUGUCUUGAGGAAGAUGGGCCAGGGAAUAAGGAGGUUGGGCCUGGGGAGAUGGGCCUGGACAUGGGGAGCAUGGGGAGCAUGGGCCUGGACAGCACAUGGAAGAUGGGCUUGGUCAGCAGUUAAAUAAAGGUGGGUUGUUUGAGGUGGCUGGGCAGGAUUUUGAUAGGACUGGCCUGUUUGAUGUGGAUGGGGCUGAUGAGUUGGCUCAUUUGUUCCAAGAUGGCAACCUAGGUACACAACAUAGUUGUGUUUAUGCAGAGGGGCAACAAGGAGAUGGUAGGGCUGAGGUAGAUCCAACACAGGGGAAUAAAGAAGGGUGCAGGUCUGGGGGGGUGAAACUGAACAAAAUUGGCAUGCUAACAGUGAUAGAGUAGAUGCAGGGGAUGGAGUUGGAGAGCAAGACUAUGAUUAUCCCCAAAUAGAUAGCAGUGAUGACAGUGCAGAUGAAGGGGCAAAUGACAGUGCAGAUGGUAGCAGUGAAGAUGAGCCAAAUGCAGGGGUGCCAUUUGAGGUAAGGCCUGGACAACCUCAUUUUCAAAUUGGUAUGACCUUUACUAAUGUCAAGGAAGUUAGAUUAGCACUUGCAAAAUAUGCUGUUUCCAAGGGGGUUAAAUUGAAGAUCAAGCCAAAUGAGACCAAUAGAAUUAGGGCCAAAUGUGUCACAAGUGCUAACUGUCCAUUUGUGAUACACAUUUCAAAAAUUGGAGACAUUGAUGGGUUAUCUGUGAAGACCUUAAAGCCAGAGCAUGAUUGUUAUAGGAUCUUUGAAAAUCCUAGCUGUACUGUGAAGUUCAUUGCUGAUUUCAUGAAGAAAAAACUCUAUAAGAAGCCAGACAUGUCUACAAAGGAUUUAAAGGCUGCAGUGGAAGAGCAACUUAGGGUCCAAGUAUCCAUUGCAAAGUGCAAGAGGGCUAAAAGGGAAAUUAAACAAGAGUUAAAUGGGAGUCACAAGGUUGAAUUUGGGUAUUUGGAGGCUUAUGCUGCAGCUCUAAAAAGCAGCAAUCCAGGGACCACUGCCCAUAUAGAUUUAUGUACUCAGAGUUUGAGAGAAGGCAAGAGGGUGUUUAAGAGAAUGUUCAUUUGUUUUGAUGCUUGCAGAAGGGGCUGGUUGGCAGGUUGUAGGCCAAUUAUUGGCUUAGAUGGAUGCUUCCUUAAAGGGAUUUGCCAGGGCAUCUUAUUAUCAGCAGUGGGGAAGGAUGGUAAUGACCAGAUGUUCCCCAUUGCUUGGGCUGUGGUUGACAAAGAGACUAAGAAUAACUGGGGUUGGUUUUUAUGGUGGUUAAAGAGGGAGCUGAAUCUUGAGGAUGGAAAACACUUUACACUAAUCUCAGACAUGCAAAAGGGUUUAAUCAAAGCAAUUAAAAACUUGCUGCCAGAAGUAGAGCAUCGUAUGUGUGCAAGGCACAUCCUUGCAAAUUGGGGCAAAAUAUGGAGAGGGGGUGAAAUGGAGAAAAUGUUCUGGAUAUGUGCUUGGAGCACAUAUCCAGAAGAUUUUAAAGCAAAUCUUUGCAAGCUGGCUGAGGUGAAACUUGAAGCAGUGACAGACCUAAUACAUUAUCAACCUCACACAUGGUCAAGAGCAUACUUCACAAGUAGGUGCUCAUCUUGGUCAGUAGAUAAUAACAUAUCUGAAUGUUUCAAUGCUUGGAUUAGAGAAGCAAGACACAAGCCAAUAGUGUCUAUGCUUGAAGAAAUUAGAUUGAAGACAAUGACCAGAAUUGCUGCAAAUAGGGAUCUUGUAGACAAAUGGGUUACAAGUUGGAGUCCAGUUUGUAUGAACUUAUUUCAAGACAACAAGGAGCUUGCUGCUGAAACAUGUGAAGCUGUAUUCAAUGGGGACCAUAGGUUUGAAAUUGGUGAUGGGGACGACAAGCACACUGUCUUACUGAACAGGAAAGCAUGCACCUGCAGAGCUUGGGAACUCACUGGAAUCCCUUGUGCCCAUGCAAUGACAGCAAUGCGCCACCUGAAGCUUGAUCCAAAAGCCCACAUUUCAUUGUAUUAUCACAAGUCCAAAUAUGUGGCAGCAUAUCAGUUUUCUAUGCAGCCAGUUCCUGGGAAGAAAUUUUUUAAAAUACAUGAGUUCAAGUCAAUGGAUCCACCACCAGUCACAAAUAGGCCUGGGAGGCCAAGAAAGAAAAGGAUUAGAGGUUUGCAUGAGUCUCAACCAGGAACAAGGCUAAGCAAGAAAGGCAGAAAGCAGAAAUGUGGCAAGUGUGGAGUAGAGGGCCAUAACAAAAAGAACUGUAAAAACAUGCAUAGACCUCCACAGGCUCAGCCAGAAGAAGAACAAAUACCACAAGGUCCAACUGUCCCUACAUGGAUCAGUGGUUCAGCAGGACCUCAAGGGCCAAAUGCCCCUACAUGGAUAGGUGCAGCAGCUGGUAUGGGUCCAGUAGAGGGUAUGGGUCCUUCUGGUGCCCCUACUACAUCAUCUGUUGGUGCAAGUUCAUCAGCUGGCCCAAGUGCAUGUUCUGUCCCAUCAAGAGGAGGAAUUGGUAGAGGGUCUACUUCAAGAGCUACAUCUAAUGCAGGUGGCCAAAGGAGAACAGUUCAUGGCCAAAGGAUGCAAGCUGCAGCAAUGGCUAGAAGAGGCAUGAUGGCUACAAGAAACUUGACUGCAGAGAGAGGCUAUGGGUACAGCUAUGAUGAGGUUACAGGGAAUGUAGUCAUGGAUCCUGGAAUGGCAACAGAAAGGAGCACUGAACCUGCAACUGCACCUGUGCCUGCACCUAUGAUGAAUGAUCCAGAUCCCCAGAUUAGAAGGCCUAUUGCAAAUGAAAGAGAAAUAAGAAGGGCAAGGACUCAGACUCAGAAUCAGGCUCAGGCACAGACGAAGUCUUAUGCAAGAACUGUUCAAUUUACUGGUGAUGGAACUGAACUUCGCUAUGCCACAGACCUGCCUUUUUCAAUUCCAGGAUUGCAAUGGAAGGGGGGUCCUAGUAUCACAACAUCUCAACUGCAACAACAAAGGGAUGAACAAGUUGCUGGGUUGCAAAAUAGGGAAAAUGACCAGAGUCUAUGAUCAUAUUACAGGCUGUUUUUGUUAAUUUUGCAAAACUGUUGUAAUCUAUUAGGUUUCAAAACAGUUUAGUAUUAUUUUGGUGCAAUGGUGAUGACAUGAACAACUAGUGUAUGUCAUGCACUACUUUUGUAAGUUUUUAGGGCAAUGAACUUGAACUACAUAUGCUCUAUUUCUUAGCCACAAUGAACCAUAGUUUUUGUAA